UGAACAAAAUACAUGGGAGCCAGUUGAUAAUAUGGAGACGUGUAAACAUCUCCUUGCAGCAUUUGAAAAGCAACUUGCCCGACAGAAAGAACUUAAAGCUUUAAGAGCUCAGCAACAACAGCAACAGCAACAACAGCAGCAUCCGGUGCAGGUGAAACAAGUUAGCACACCCAUGCCACAAAUAGUUAAACAAGUUGUUAAGAAACCAGAAAGCCCUAAUAUUUCUUCUUCUGGUCGCCUGCAAAGAACAAGUAAAGUUAAAGCAUUGGACCAAGUAAAGGCGUGGUGUGGCGCUGAAGAUGAGCCCGCGGCGAAGAAAAUAAAAAAAGAGCUUUCUAGUGAUGAAGAUGACUUCACUGACACAGAGUCACCUACAAGAGUUGAGAAGAAAGUAGUGAAUGGGAAUGAUGUGGUAUCUCCAAAAUCAUCCAUAGACCCUGAUCUCGUCAAAUCACUUGGACUAGCGGGCAAAGGAAUGCCGAACAUAAAGGGUGUCAUCAAAGUUGAUCCCAAACAUAUGCCAAACCUUACUACAGGUGUUUAUAUAAUGUCCAAAAGUUCAGGCAUAAUGAAGAUUGAUUCACCAGGAAAGUUAGGUCCAGGCUUAAACAUAGAUCAAGAGGUUAUUCGGAAACAAAUUUUAGCUGCCAAACAGAAAAAGCUAGAAGAAAGUAAAAAAAAUUCGCCAAUACGUACGCCAGUUCCUUCACAGCCCAAGAGAACAUAUGGAUCAGGUGGUCAACAAAUUACAGAGAAGACAAUUAUAACACCAUCUGGACAAAAGAUUAUACAACGCACAAUACAAAGACCUUAUGGACACUCUGAGGGAAAAUCUCCUGUAACCAUUUUAAACAAAAAGUUGGCACAGGGUGACAGCUUAUUGCGUCGCGGUGGCUCUGGGCGCGGCCGCGGACGAGGCGGCUACUCAGUAUCGACGGCUGCUGGCAACAUUGUACGCAUACGCGACAAGGCCAUCACCUUCGAUUUUGAUAAGUCGGACGCGUCAUCGGAGUCGUCGGACGGCAUCGAGGACCCGUUCCCGCGCGAGCUGGGCCCGCUGCCGCCGCCGAGCCCCGAGCGCGAGCUGACGCUGUGCCCGCUGACGGGGCGGCGCCUGGCGCGCGCGGAGGGCGAGCCCACGCCGCCGCCCACGCCGCCGCCCGCCUCGCCGCCGCCCGCGCCCGCCCCCGCGCACACGCCCCCGCCGCAACACAACGCCACCAUGCUCAUGAAGGUGGAGAUGUCUCCAGGUGGUACGACAGGAAUGCUAGUACAACAACAAGGAGAUGGAGCACAACCAUCUUUACCUGUACUAACAGAAGAGGAUGGAUCAGAAGUAAAGGUGGAAUCAAAUGCAGUGAAACAACUUCUAGAAGAAGGAGUUGGGGUAGAUGAAAAUGAAGAAGUAGGGUUAUUGCACGCUGGUCAUCCUCCAAUUAUGAUUCGAGGAGAAGACGGCGUCCUAUAUCAAGUGGCGGGCGAAAAUGAAGCCGGACAAACAUUGUUAGUAGCUGCAGAGGGUGUCGAAGGCGCUGUGGAAGGUGUAGAAGGCGCUGUUGAAGGUGAAGGCGAUGGUGUGAUGUAUGUUACAAGAGAAGAUGGACAGGACGUGCUGGCGAUCGAACCGAGCCAGCUGGCACAGCUGCUGCCGGGCAGCGGGGGCGCGGGCGCGGGCGAGGCGGGCGCGCUGCAGCAGGUGGCUGUGCAGGUAGAGGGCGAGGCAGGCGAAGACGCCACGCAGGUCAUCGCGCAGCUCGUGCAGGCUGACCUGCCCUCGCCCGGUGGCACUAGGCGGGUAGUACUAUUGUUACCUGAUGGUAGCUUCACAAUGACUGAAUUGGAUAAAGAACAAUAUGAAUCCAUAACAGAAGCGAGCAAGGCGCAAGAAUGA